CGCGCCCCGCGCCCCCCACCCCGGCCCGGCCCGGCCGCAGCCCCGCUGGGCGCCGCAGAGAUGACGGAUCCUUUCUGUGUUGGAGGCCGUCGGCUCCCGGGGUCCAGCAAGAGUGGUCCCGGGAAGGAUGGCAGCCGAAAGGAGGUCCGACUUCCAAUGCUGCAUGACCCACCGAAGAUGGGGAUGCCGGUGGUCCGUGGUGGACAGACAGUGCCCGGCCAAGCCCCUCUCUGCUUUGACCCAGGAAGUCCAGCCAGUGACAAGACAGAAGGGAAGAAAAAGGGGCGGCCAAAAGCUGAGAACCAGGCCCUCCGAGACAUUCCUCUCUCCCUGAUGAACGACUGGAAGGAUGAGUUCAAGGCACACUCGAGGGUGAAGUGUCCAAACUCGGGGUGCUGGCUGGAGUUCCCCAGCAUCUACGGGCUCAAGUACCAUUACCAGCGGUGCCAAGGGGGUGCCAUCUCAGAUCGGCUCGCCUUCCCCUGCCCGUUCUGCGAGGCUGCGUUCACCUCUAAGACCCAGCUGGAGAAACACCGGAUUUGGAACCACAUGGACCGACCCUUGCCUGCCUCCAAGCCUGGGCCCAUCAGCAGACCGGUCACCAUCAGCCGGCCCGUUGGGGUCAGCAAGCCCAUUGGAGUGAGCAAACCUGUCACUAUCAGCAAACCCGUGGGCGUCAGCAAACCCAUUGGCAUCAGCAAGCCAGUCUCGGUUGGCAGACCCAUGCCAGUCACCAAGGCCAUGCCAGUCACUAGGCCCGUGCCAGUCACCAAACCUGUCACAGUCAGCAGGCCCAUGCCAGUCACCAAGGCCAUGCCGGUCACUAGGCCUGUGCCGGUCACCAAACCCAUCACAGUCACCAAGUCCGUGCCGGUCACCAAACCUGUACCUGUCACCAAACCCAUUACGGUCGCAAAGCUUGUGACCGUUACAAAACCCGUGCCGGUCACCAAGCCAGUGACAGUCAGCAGGCCCAUUGUGGUCAGCAAGCCGGUGACAGUCAGCAGGCCCAUUGCCAUCAGCAGACACACACCGCCCUGCAAAAUGGUGCUGCUGACCAAGUCGGAAAACAAAGCACCUCGUGCCGCAGGGAGGAACAGUGGUAAGAAAAGGGCUGCGGAUGGCCUGGACACCUGCCCAAUUCCACCCAAGCAGGCCAGGCCAGAGAAUGGGGAGCACGGCCCCUCCACCAUGGGCCAGAGCUCGGCCUUCCCGCUGAGUGCAGACGCCAGCAGUGGCUCCUUGUCGCCAGGCAGCAGGCCGUCGGGGGGUGUGGAGGCACUGAGGGCUGCAGGCCCUGCGUCCCCGCCUGAGGAGGACCCCGAGCGCACGAAGCACAGAAGGAAACAGAAAACACCCAAGAAGUUUACAGGGGAGCAGCCAUCCAUCUCAGGGACCUUUGGGCUCAAAGGCCUGGUCAAAGCUGAGGACAAGGCCCGAGUUCACCGCUCCAAGAAGCAGGAGGGACCAGGCCCGGAGGACGCCCGGAAGAAGGUGCCAGCCCCCAUCACUGUCAGCAAGGAGGCGCCAGCCCCCAUGGCCCACCCAGCUCCAGGUGGCCCUGAAGAGCAGUGGCAGAGGGCCAUCCACGAGCGCGGGGAAGCCGUCUGCCCCACCUGCGGCGUGGUCACCCGGAAGACGCUUGUGGGGCUCAAGAAGCACAUGGAGGUGUGUCAGAAGCUUCAGGAUGCACUCAAGUGCCAGCACUGCCGGAAGCAGUUCAAGUCCAAAGCUGGCCUCAACUACCACACCAUGGCCGAGCACAGUGCCAAGCCCUCUGACACCGAGGCCUCUGAGGGGGGUGAGCAGGAGGAGCGCGAGCGGCUGCGCAAGGUGCUGAAGCAGAUGGGACGGCUGCGCUGCCCCCAGGAGGGUUGCGGGGCUGCCUUCUCCAGCCUCAUGGGCUACCAGUACCACCAGCGGCGCUGCGGGAAGCCGCCCUGUGAGGUGGACAGCCCCUCCUUCCCCUGCACCCACUGUGGCAAGACAUACCGAUCCAAGGCCGGCCACGACUACCACGUGCGCUCGGAGCACACGGCCCCUCCCCCUGAGGAGCCCACAGACAAGUCCCCCGAGGCUGAGGACCUGCUGGGUGUGGAGCGGACGCCAAGCGGGCGUGUCCGCCGCACGUCGGCCCAGGUGGCGGUGUUCCACCUGCAGGAGAUAGCAGAGGACGAGCUGGCCCGCGACUGGACCAAGCGGCGCAUGAAGGAUGACCUCGUGCCCGAGACCGCACGGCUCAACUACACUCGGCCAGGGCUCCCCACGCUGAACCCCCAGCUGCUAGAGACAUGGAAGAACGAAGUGAAGGAGAAAGGCCAUGUCAACUGUCCCAAUGAUGUGAGCAGAGGCAGCCGGGUGGGGGCGUGGGGACCCACACAGGGACAGAGCCCAGGUGUGGCCCUCAGAGCAGAGUGGAGGUGGACAGCUUUCAGGAGGUGCCCAGCCCACCCCAGGCCUUGCAUGCCCAGCCUGCCCAAUUCCCAGGACUCACACCCCCUCACUUGCCCCAAAGAGGCCUCAGAGAUCCCCUGGGGUAGGGCAGGGGUGUAUCUUGGUGUGGGGUGCCCACCAGAGUCCCUCGCCCACGGCUGCCUCCCCUGCAGUGCUGUGAAGCCAUCUACUCCAGUGUGUCCGGACUCAAGGCUCAUCUUGCCAGCUGCAGCAAGGGGGCCCACCUGGCGGGGAAGUACCGCUGCCUGCUGUGCCCGAAGGAGUUCAGCUCUGAGAGUGGCGUCAAAUACCACAUCCUCAAGACCCACGCAGAGAACUGGUUCCGAACAUCAGCAGACCCACCUCCUAAACACAGGAGCCAGGACUCAUUGGUGCCCAAGAAGGAAAAGAAAAAAAAUCUGGCAGGUGGGAAGAAGCGGGGCCGAAAGCCCAAGGAGCGGCCCCCAGAGGAGCCUGUGGCCAAGCUGCCCCUACGCCGGGACGACUGGCCUCUCGGAUGCAGAGACAAGGGGGCCCGGGGCUCCGCUGGCCGGAAGGUGGGAGCCAGCAAGGCGCCUGAAAAGUGAGCUUGGUGGGUGGGGCCUGGCCCCCGUGCAGCUGCCACACCGCCCUCUGUUCAAGGCAGGGCUAGCUCCGGGACCUCUGUCCUCCAGUUCUCCAUCCCCCACCCCCACUUCUUCAUCCGUCCAGUGGGGGCAGCCAGCCACUCUCCCUUCCCUGAAGGUGGGCCUUCCCCUGUUAAGGCUGCCACAGGGCACACCUGGGUUGGGGCUCCCCACGGUGUGUCCAGCAGAAGUGCAAUAGCCGGGAGGGUUGCCCCUCCCCAUGGGAAUGUGUCUGGGGUCUUGGUGCCACAGGGGCUGCCGUGCAGAGCAGGCAGAUAGCCUUUGGCCCCCUGGCUCUGCUUCCUCAGGCCCUGCCGGGUCCCCACCCUGGCUCCCCCAAGGCUCAGGCAUCCCUGGUGACCUGUGGUUCUGGGCUGGUGAGGGCAUCUGAGCGACUGGCAGCUGGCAGCCACCAUCCUGGCCUCACCUCCACCCAACACUGGAACUCCAGCACCCCCAGCUACCUCCCAGGACAGACCCCCGUCUGACCACUGCCAUGCUGACCCGAUAGGCUCCUGCCUGCCCUUGGCCACCCACUUGGUCCCCCUGCUUCUGUUUUCUACCUCUCCAGGCCUGCCCCCUACCCUACCCCUGCCGCUCCUCUGUCAGUGUGAUCCCUGCUAUGCUCAGGCCCUGCCCCACAGGCCUGUCUGUGCUCCCAGCUUAGGGUAAAGGAAUGUUUUGUUUCUUGCACCUACAGGGCAGCAGGAGCUUGAUGCCCUUCAACACAGCUGCCAGCCCUGGGGGUGUGGGGCCCCUGGAGUAUGCUCUCCCUCCAGUGUUCAGCCUUCUGGCACUGCAGGCCUAGGUUGGAGCAGCCUCAUGGAGUAGGGAUGGACUAGUUUGGGCCUUGGGGUCUUCCUGGGGCCCACAGGCAUGUGGGGCAGGAAGCUGGGCAGAGCUGGCCUGGCUCUGAGUGGCCACUGGGGAAAAGGCAGCCUUCUGUCUGCCAAUCUGGGUAGGCCCAGUGGCCGAGCUCUCAUGGGAGCCCCCUCCCCACCUUUUUUUUUAACCGGCCCCCAUUGUUUCUGGUCGUGUGGUCUGAUAUGGGAACUGAAGGCCAGCCAGGGGAGGGGUUGGCCAAAGUCACAGCAGGUUGAUGGCAGCCCCAGAGCUGUCUUUGCCCCCUUUGUGGCCCGGAGGACGGCUGGGUCUACAGGUUGGGCAGGGGUCAGGCAGGGAGUCCAGGUGCCUGGAAGAGGUGGCCACAGCCUGUGGCUGCCUCCCUGGGGUCCUGCCUUCCAACCACAGCAUUGCAGGGAGGAUGAGGCUCAGAGGGGGUAGGUUUGGAGGGAGGCCAUUUUCCAGGGUGGGUGGGAGUGGGCUGAGGGCUCAUCCCCACUGACCCUGGACGAUGUGAAUUUUGAUGUUUGCCCGUGUGCGUGUGUCUCCUGGGUGUAGUGGAUGCCAGUCUUGUUGCUGUGACAAGUAACAACCUUUUUUUUAAAUUGUUUUUUAUACAAAAACUCACAAUCUGACAUUUGGUGCUAAGGGUUUCCUGGUGCAGAUGGUGGGCCUGGGGGUUGGGCUGGGCCAGGGCGUGGGUCUCUGGGGUUUGGGUCCCUUGCUGCUCAGGGAGGCAGUACUGACUGGGCACUGCCUCUGCCCCCAGCACCCACCCUCACCCAUCCCCCAGGGAGAACGGCCCCCACUGGGCUCGGCCUGCAGUAGUAGGAAGACAAGUUCCAGGAGCACUUUGGGGACUGGGGUUGCAGUACACUUCCUGUCUCUGGCUUUAUCCUUGGGCCAGAAGGCUCUGACCCUCAGCAGCCCUUGCCACAUGUGCUAGGGAGGGGGUGUGGAGACCUGGACUCCCCCACCGAUGCACACCUCGGCCUGAUGAGAGAAUGGAGGCUUGGGCAGAGACGUGACCCAGCGUCAGAAAGUCGGGGGAGGCUUUCCUUCCUGUGUCCCAGAGCUUCACCGGUGCAGCCAGCCGGGGGCGGGGGCGGGGGCGCUGGAGGUGGAGGGUGGGGUCUGACAACUUCUGCUGGGGCAGCCUCGGGAGGGGAGGGGAGCAGGCACUGGGCAGGGGCCUAAGUGCACUUUGUCCUUGCCACCAAUGGCGGGAGGAGGGUGGACCUGAACACCUCUAGCAGGGUGUUGCGCGCCUGCCCCAGCCUCUCAGGUACUUGGCCCUUGGGGAGGAGAGAGGGGGGUCUGGUUUUUGCUGGGGGUGAGUUUCCGGGACACUCCCAAAGCCCACAGAUAAUCCCUGGUGUGGGAAGAGGAGUCCUGGAUACCUUGAUGUUUAGCACUUUAACCCCCUUUGUCUUUAAGGUAGGCGUGGGGGCUACUGUCAGAAGUGGCUGUUGGGUCGGACCCCUCCUUUCUGCCCUCCCUCUCCCACAUGCUGGUCUGCAGAGCCCUCCUCCCAAGGGGUAGGGCCCUGGGUGGAGCUCAGCAGGGUCUGCCCACUCCCUAUGCUGGCCCACAUAGGCCUCCAGGAGCCCUCAGUGAGAGGGACCAGCAUAGCAGACCCCUAGAGUGUGGUGGGCGUCGGCCCUGCCCGGGACGCAGUCGGUGCCCUUUCCGCAGCUCUACCUCUGGCUCAGCGCACGCCCCCUGCCCUGAGAACAGGAAAGGGCCCGGAAGGGCUGACUCACCGGGCCGACACUCACGAAAAUGGGAUGCACUUUAUUUGCUGGUGCAAAGGCAAGAGAGGGUGCCUCCUGUGUGACCGUUGACCCUCCUGCCUGGUGGCGCUGAAGGGAAGGAGCCAGUGAGGCUGACCCCGGGAGGGGCCGUCCCCGUGUGCCCUGUUUGGCGGGCCCCAGGCGGCUCCCCCAGGCCCGGGUCUGGGGCCCCAGGUUCUCCCCUGCCUGGCGGCCGCGCGUCCUGUGCUUUGGGUUUCUUGGUUUGGGUUUUUUAAUGCCAGUUCUCAGUACAUAAGUGCAUUUUGAAAGAGGUUCCAGCUAUCACUUGUAACCAUAUAUAUAUACAUAUAUAUUCUAUCUACAAAGUGUUUAUUUGCGAGAUGUUUCGACGGUGAGUUCGGGCCCCGCCCGCCUUGUGACCAUCUGUCCCCGGUCUUCGUCCCCGCCCCGCGCCCUGGUCCCGAGUGGCGUGGGGACGGGCCAUCACUGUAUGUAUUAAAAUGACUGUAUCAAAUAAAUGUUUAUCGAUUUUUUUCCA